AUGGGGGCCAUUGUGGGCAGGGAGGCCCGAAAGGAGGCCCGAGAAAUCGACCUCGCAGAUGGAGGACUCCAAGACGCCUUUUACCCUUGGGUCCAAAUGAUCCAGUGGAGCUGCGAAGAGCUGAAGAAAGAAGCUGUCUUUAGGUGGAACCUUUCUGUGAUAAAAGAAG